CGGAGCUCCAGUUCUCACGCUGCUCUCAGGUUCAGGGUGACGCGGACAGGUUCCUUCUCCGCCGGGAUCCUGAUGAGACCAUCGCUCCUCCGGAUCGCUCUCCACACAGCGCGGCCCGAGAGUUCACGCUGGGUGGACUUUCCCCUUCCGUGUAGCCCUAAUAAAGGAGAUGGAGAAUGGCAUGUGUGAAGAUGUGGAGGUGCUGUGGGAGAAGCUGGAGUGCAAGCGCUACGACCUGUGUCGGGUCAUCUCUCCUGCCAAACUCACCCCAUACCUGCGUCAGUGCAAGGUCCUGGACGAGCAGGACGAGGAUGAGAUCCUCAACUCCAUGCUGCUGGUCUCCAAAGCCAAUCGCACCAGCCGUCUCCUUGACAUCAUCCGCUGCAAGGGCGAGAGAGGCUGCGUGGUGUUUCUGGAGAGUUUGGAGUUUUACUAUCCAGACCUCUACAAGCAGAUCACCGGGAAGGAUCCCACCCGCAGCUUCUCCUCCAUCGUAGUGGAGGAGGGUCACGAGGGUCUGACCCAGUUCCUCAUGAACGAAGUGGUGAAGCUGCAGCAGCAGUUCAAAGUGAAAACGGUACAGUACGUGGAGCUCAGCAAGAAGAACUGCACCCUGGAGGACGAGAAGCGGAAGCUGCGACUCAUCAACCAGGAGCUGCAGGCCGUCCAGCAGAGCAACAAGAAGCUGAAAGAGGAGAGGAACAGCUACAGCGACGAGCUGCUGAGAGUGAAGGACGAGAACUACAAGCUGGCCAUGAGGUACGCGGCGCUGAGCGAGGAGAAGAACAUGGCGGUGAUGAGGAGCCGAGACCUGCAGCUCGAGAUCGAUCAGCUGAAGCACCGGCUGAACAAGGUGGAGGAGGAGUGUAAGUUGGAGCGGAAGCAGAGUCUGAAGCUGAAGAACGACAUAGAGGCCCGACCCAAGAGGGAGCAGAUCUUCGAGCUGGAGAGAGAAAACGACAUGCUGAAGAUCAAGCUGCAGGAGCUGCAGUCGGUAAUCCAGCCCGGACCUGUGCCGGCCUCCGACAAAGCCAUCCGGGACAUCCUGGAGCAUGACAGGCAGGAGGCCCUGGACGACCGGCAGGACCUGGUCAACCGCCUCUACUGCCUCAACGAGGAAGUGAGACAGGCGGAGGAGCUGCGAGACAAGUACCUGGAGGAGAAAGAGGAGCUGGAGUUGAAGUCCACCACGCUGCAGAAGGACUGUGAGAUGUAUCGUAACCGCAUGGACACCAUCACAAGCCAGCUGAAGGAGGUGGAGAAGGAGCGGGACCAGGCCUUCCGGGCCCGGGACGAAGCCCAGCACCAGUACUCCCAGAGCCUCAUUGACAAGGACAAGUACCGCAAGCAGAUCCGAGAGCUGGAGGAGAAGAGUGACGAGCUUCAUAUCGAGAUGGUGCGCAAGGAGGCGCGCCUUGCCUCACUGGAGUCCCGCCUGCGCCGCAAGUCUCGGGACGUUGCACUGGACCAGUCUCUGCCCAGGGACCUGCCGCUCACCAUCAUCUCUCAGGCAGAGAUGAAGCCCUGCAGGUCUGAGUGGUCCAGCGACGAGUCCCACGAAGUGGAGGAGCCCCGCCUUCGGCGCCGGCCUAAUCUCAAGGCAGCAAACCGAGCCAAGUCCCCGGUGUGCACCCCCAAGGAGCCAGCGCUGGGCUCUGAGUCCCAACCCUCCGCAGCUCUGUCUCUGAACGGAGGGGAUCACCUGGAGAUCCACCCAGUCACCAGCAGCAGCCACUCGCUCCCCUCCUCCCCCACCUCCCACUCCUGGGCAGCUGCGUCUCUGGUGAAGGAGCAGUCCAGUCGACCCAACAUGCUGCGCAGCCGCAACGACAGCCUCUGCCCCGAGCCGCCGGACAAGGCUUCGCUCUACCGCCGGGAGCGAGAGAAGGAAGAUGAGGUCCAACUGCGCAGCCUUUCAGACGUGGACAGCGACAAUAUGGAGAUGGAGUUUGAAGACGAGGGGCAGUGUGGCCCCCCUUCCGUGGACUCCUCCUCCUCCUCCCACCAGUCAGAAGGGAUGGACACAUACGACCUGGAGCAGGUCAACAGCAUCUUCAGAAAGCUCUCUCUGGAGAGGCCCUUCCGCCCAUCACUGUCCUCGCUGACCAGGAUUAGCUCUGCGCUGAAGCCGGUGCAGCAGAUGUCUCUCCCAGGAGACAACCUGCUGAAAGACAUCACCCUGGUUGGCGGAAAUCACACCGGCAUCUUUGUUUCCUCUGUCCAUUCGGGCUCAGCCGCAGAGAGGAGUGGGCUGCGAGAGGGACACCACCUCCUGCUGAUGGAGGGUUGCCUGCGGGGAGAGUACCAGAGUGUCUCCCUGGACACCAGCACUCAGGAGGAGGCGCACUGGGCCCUGCAGCACUGCUCUGGCCCGGUCAAGCUACACUACCGACUCAACUCUGACUCGUACCGCCACCUGCAGCGGCAGCUAGCAGAGGGCGCACUGGUCUCGGGCGACUCCUUCUACAUCCGCCUCAACCUGGGCAUCAGCGGCCAGAGUGACGGCUGCUCCCUGAGCGUGCGCUGUGACGAGGUGGUGCACGUCCUGGACACCAGGCACCAGGGCCGCCAGUGGCUGUGCGCGCACGUGGACCCCUACAGCAGCGCUGACCUGCCGGACUGCGGCACAAUACCCAGCUACUCACGAGCGCAGCAGCUACUUUUGGUCAAGAUACAGAAGUGUGUUUGUCGAGGAGGAAAGGACGAGGUGGAAUUGCAUCGCAGCCUGAGGAACGUCUUGGCUCCGGAGGAAAGCAGCCCCCUCCCCGACCCCAAGAGCAGCCCGCGCCUCUCCAGAGCCAGCGUCUUCCUGACCCACAUCCUGCAGUUCGUCAGCAGGGUGGACAUCAAGUACAAACGGAUGAACAGCACGGAGCGCGUGAGGAUUAUCAACUCCGGGGGGUCCACCUUACCCCGGCAAGGCUUCGAGAUGCUGAGACCGGAGGACGUGGCCGACCCGGACGGAGAGCUGAGCCGGGGACUGAAUCUGAUUCCCUACAGUCUGGUCAACUUCCAGGAGAGCAAAAAGAGAAGGCCGGUCCUGUUCUCGCCCACCGCCUUGGCCAAAACCAUGGUGCAGAAGCUGAUCAGCCUGGGGGGAGCCGCAGACUUCAGCGUGUGCAGAGCAGAGCAGCUGACCAGAGAAGAGUUUCAUCUGAGGCAGAACGUGGAACCCUUCAUCCACUCCACCGAGAAACAGGCUGCAUUUGAAUGCAUCACCAGAGAAAACAUUGAAAGCGUUGCGGCCAAGGGUAAAUACUGUCUCCUGGAAGCGGAGCUGGGCUGUGUGAAAGAUCUUCUGAGGCGGGAGAUCUACCCCAUCAUCAUCAAUGUCAAGAUCUGCGAGAGGAACGUCAAGAAGUUACGGAAACUGCCUGUGCGCGUGGAGUCCGAGGAUGAGUUUCUGCGGAUGUGUCGCGCAAAGGAGAAGGAGCUCGAGUCUCUGCCGUGUCUGUACUGCAGCGUGGAGCCAGACGCCUGGGCGGGGACUGAUGACCUCAUCAGAAUCGUGAGAGAGCGGAUUCUGGACGAGCAGAAGAAGGCGAUCUGGGUGGAGCAGGACCUGCUGUAGGCAGGACAAACCGAAACACUGAAGAAAUAUAUAUUUUAUAUGCGCAUUAAACACGUCAAAGUACAGUGUGUCAAUAAAGACAUGUGGUCAAUGCUGCCGCUUAGUGGUGAGAGCCAUUCAUCGCAAUUCAAACUUCACAAAAAAAUGAUUUUUCUAUUUAGGAUGGAAGGAUGAAUUACGAUGUAAAAAAAAUAAA